AUUACUCUUCGCCCCUACCCUGAACCAAUUUCACCGAGCCCUUUCACUUGAGUCUGAGCACCCUUCUUUCCAUUGUUUGCGUUCACUUCUUUUGAUCUUCUUUAAAUUUCCUUGUCAAAAGCAAAAAGAAAAAAAAAAUGGCCUGGGCUCUGGUAGGUGGAGCUUUUCUCUCUGCUUCCCUCCAAGUUAUUUUCGACAGGUUGGCUUCUCGUCAGUUCUUGGACUUCAUUAGAGGAACGACAUUCGAAGAUGGUCUUCUUAAGAAACUGAAGCCAACGCUCAUGUCAGUUAAUGUAGUGCUGGGUGAUGCUGAAAAUAAGCAGAUUACCAACCCAUAUGUCAGGAGCUGGAUCGAUGAGCUCAAAGAUGUUGUUUAUGAUGCGGAGGACCUCCUCGAUAAGAUCGAUGGAAGUCACUUUUCUUCUUCUCCCAGUCCCAAUCCUUUUGAAGAGGGGAUAGAGUCAAAGCUGAACGAUAUCAUUGGGAGACUGGAAUAUCUAGUCAAUCAAAAAGAUAUCCACGGUUUGAAAGAAAGUUGCGGAGGAGAAAAGGCAUUCCAAAGAUCACCUGCAACUUCUUUGGUGGAUGAGUCUGGUGUUUAUGGCAGAGAUGAUGAAAAAGAAAAAAUAAUAAAGUUGUUGAUCCCAGAAAAUCCAACUAAAAAUCGGAUAGAUGUGAUUCCAAUUGUGGGUAUGGGCGGGGUUGGUAAAACCACCCUGGCACAAUUGAUCUACAAUGACAAGAGAGUGAAGAAAUCGUUUGAUCUCCAAGCUUGGGUGUGUGUUUCAGACGAAUUUGAUGCUGUCAGGGUAACCAAAACUAUUCUUGAAGAAAUCACUUGUAGCUGUGAUGGUAGUCAGAACUUAAAUCAGCUUCAACUGAAACUAAAGGAGAAGCUGUUGGGAAAGAAGUUUCUAUUUGUAUUGGACGAUGUUUGGAACGAGAAAUAUGAAGACUGGGAAGAGCUGAGAAGACCUUUCACUUCUGGGGCAAAAACCAGCAAAAUUAUCGUAACAACACGUAGUGAAAGUGUUGCAGACAUUGUGAGGAAUGUUCAAACUAAUCCUCUUGAUAAAUUAUCUGAUGAUUAUUGUUGGAAGUUACUUGCAAAACAUGCAUUUGUUGAUGGAAGCCCAAGCAUGCAUCCAGAUCUGGAGGUAAUCGGUGAAGCCAUUGCCAAAAGAUGCAAAGGCCUCCCUUUAGCAGCAAAAGCACUUGGAGGUCUUCUGCGUUAUAAAGAAGCUGAUGAAUGGAAGGAAAUAUUACAUAGUGAUUUGUGGGACAAACUAGAAGAGGAAGGUACUACUAUUCCUUCAUCUUUAAAAUUAAGUUAUUAUUAUCUUCCUUCACAGUUGAAGCGCUGCUUUGCAUAUUGUUCUAUUUUUCCUAAAGAUUAUGAAUUCAAAAAGGAAGAACUCAUUCUACUAUGGAUGGCUGAAGGUCUUUUGCAAAUUUCCAAAAAAUAUGGCAACGCAGAAGGUAACAAAUACUUCAAAGAUUUAGCAAUCAGGUCAUUUUUCCAACAAUCAAAGGAAAAAUCUUGCUUUGUCAUGCAUGACCUAAUUAGUGACUUAGCUAAAUCUAUAUCUGGAGAAUUUUUUUGCAGAUUGGUAGGUAGUGGUGGUGGUUCUUGUGAAAUAACUGAAAAGACUCGUCAUUUUUCCUAUAUCCCAGAAAGAUAUGAUAUGAUUGGGAAAUUUGAGUCAUUAUCGAGAGCAAAAAGUUUGCGAACAUUCCUUUCCAUUAACCCACCUGCAUCGGAUUGUUAUGUUACCAGCCAACUGCUUGAUUUGAUAACAAAUUGUAGAUGCUUGCGGGUACUUUCUUUGGCUAAUUAUUAUAAUAUCAUUGAGUUGCCAGACAAUAUUCGCAAUUUAAAAUAUUUGCGAUAUUUGAAUUUAUCCAAAACUAAAAUUAAAUGUUUGCCGGACUCUUUGAGUGCAUUGUACUGUUUGCAAACAUUAAUAUUGUUCAGAUGCGUAGACCUUGUUAAGUUGCCCAAAGAUAUGUGCAAAUUGAUCAACAUGCAACAUCUCGAUAUUAGGGGCACAAGUUUAAUAAGAAUGCCAGAAGGAAUGGGUAAGUUGAAAGAUCUUAGAACAUUAACAGAUUUUGUUUUGGGCGAGCAAAAUGGUUCAAGCAUUAAUGAGUUAGGAAAGCUCAAGCAUCUACAUGGAAGACUUACCAUUUCAGGUUUAGAAAAUGUUACCUGUGAAAGGGAUGCCAAAGAUGCCAAUUUGAAGGAUAAGAAGGACCUUAAGGAGUUGGAGUUGCUGUGGAGUCCGGGUCAUAAUAUUGAUGACACAACGCAUGAAAGAGAAAUACUUGAACAACUGGAGCCCCAUACAAACUCGGAGCGUCUUGUCAUUAGAGGUUAUGGAGGUACAAGAUUUCCGGAAUGGAUCGGACAUUCUUCCUUCUCAAAAGUUGUUUCUGUGGAGUUAAGCGAUUGUGAAUGUCGCUUUUUCUUGCCACCGCUUGGACAAUUAUCAUCUUUGGAAUCUCUCUCUAUUUCACGGUUUCUCAAAGUAGAAACAGUCGGUGAUGAUAAUAAUGGUUUCUACGGGCCUUGUGAUGCAUCGAGUAAACCAUUUGGAUCUCUUAAAACUUUAAUCUUUUCAGAUAUGCCAAAAUGGAAAGAAUGGAGGCUUUGCUCGAGAGAUGAUGCUUUCUCUAGUUUGCAAGAGCUAAGCAUAAUAAAGUGUGGCAAGCUAACCAAUUUUCUGCCCAAGCACCUCCCAUCUUUAACGGAACUUCGGAUUGAACGAUGUGGAAAACUCCGUGGCUCGCUUCCUAGUGCACCAAGCAUUUGCAAACUUGAGUUAUUGGGUUGCGAUGAAUUGCAAUUGGGGUCAUUGCCUUUUGCGCUUCAAGAGUUGAAUAUUUGGAAUCGGGAUAUCAAAGAUUCCCAAAUGGAGCGGAUGAUGGAACACUGCACUCUUCUUGAAAAGUUAACUAUGUCUUAUUGUUCUAAUCUCAGAUCCUUUCCUGAAGGUAUCAGGCUGAAGCAAUUGAGAAUCUAUUUUGGUGUCUUGGAUUGUUUCAAAAUCCCCUUGUAUAAAUCCCUUGAAUCCUUGGAGAUAGAAGGCGGAAGGUGUCGUCCCCUAGAAUCUUUUCCAUUAGGAUCAUUUCCUAUGCUAAAAAGUCUUUCUUUUCAGAGUUGUGACGACUUGAAGUGGAUUGGUUCAUCAUCAGAGGGGCCUCACCACCAGCAUCUCGCAUGUCUCAAUACUUUGCGAAUCAAUAGAUGCCCUAAUUUGAUAUCUUUUGAAAUUGAAGAGGGAUUAUCUGCCACCAAUUUAAGGAGACUUGUGCUUUCAGAUUGCCAAAAUUUGAAGUCAUUGCCAAAGCAUAUGCACUCCCUUUUCCCAUCCCUGGGGCAAUUGGAAAUAUCAGAUUGUCCAGAAAUAGAGUCAUUACCAAGAGAGGGCUUGCCCUCCAAAUUAAAAACUAUUUCCAUCAGAAGAAGUGAAAAGCUGAUUGUGAGCAUGACAAGGAGGGAAUGGAGUUUGCAGACACUCCCUUCACUUAAACACCUCGUAAUCGAGAGUGAAAAAUUAGAGUGUUUUCCAGAUGAACAUCUGCUGCCCUCUUCCCUUGCUGAUCUUGACAUUUUUGGUCUUCCAAAUCUUAAGCUUUUGAACAACAAGGGCUUUCAACACCUCACCUCUCUUCAUCGAUUGCAUAUCAGCCAUCCUUCGGAGCACCAUUACUUGAGGGGAACUAAGUUCCAUUCACUUACAGUUGCAAACGAGCCUUUUCCAGAUGAACAUCUGCUGCCCUCUUCUCUUACCGAUCUGAGCAUAUUUUCUUUUCCAAAUCUUGAGCUUUUGGACGACAAGGGCUUUCAACACCUCACCUCUCUCCGCAAGUUGCAUAUCAGCCGUUGUCCAGCACUCAAAUCCAUGCCGGCACAGGGGCUUCCUGACUCUCUUUCUUUUAUUUGUAUUUACGGUUGUCCUAUGCUGAGUGAACGUUGCGAGAAGGGGAAAGGUAAAGAUUGGCCCAUCAUUUCCCGCGUCCCUGUCAUUUUUAUUGACAAUAAACUCAUUUCAUAGCAAUACUCAGAAGCCAAAUUUGUCAACGUGUCCAUUUGCCAUUAUUAACGCAAUCUAACUCAGGGUCAGAAUUAUCUGCAUGAAAGUUUUCAAUACUUGGAUGGAUUGGCAUCAAGCUCUGCAAACUUCAUUUGAAAAUUUGGUUUCUUAGAGUUGCAAUGUUGAUGCGCUCAGAUUUUUUGUCAGUAAAGAAUAAGGAUUUCAACUCCUUCCUUCUCUUGUCACGAAAUCAGUGGCAACCAUAUUUUUUAAUCAGACGGACCAGAAUUAUCAUGAUGUGCUUAUCAUGAUGAGUCGUUGAGUCCAAGGACCGUUCCUUUCGAAAGAGCUCCGAGUUUGAAGGUUUUCGAUAGUAGUAACUGUGGAUCCCAACUUCCAUAGGAAUGGCUUUUUUCUGAAGACAAUAAAGAAUGUGGGGCAUUCUCACAUGUUGAAGAAUGGUACUGUCAUAAGCUACUCGACAUCUAAACCUUUCAAUGAACUUGAGAAUAAUGGAGGACAAGUUGUGGGUAAACUUUGAAUUGCGGCAAUCCAUGAAUUGAAGUUGAUUGAAUUUUGAUUUGUUGCCUUUUGAGGGACUGCUAUGUGGUCUGCACGAGGUGAAAAUUAGAGAUUGCGAUACUCCCAGCUCAAGGAAGUAGUAUAGUGUCAUUCAAUUGAAGAGGCGGAUAGCUCCAUAAUUCACUCUUAUGUUGGCUGUCAAUUGUUUAGUCAUCACUGAGGUGCAUUAUUUCUCUAUUUUUGUAUAGCAAUUUUAUAAUUUAUUGAAUUGGAGUUCUUCAAUCUUCGUAAAGAGGGAAAAAAAAAGUACUUGUCGAGUAUUGUUUUGGGUAGAACAAAUCAAAUAUUGCAAAUGAUUUUGUGGCGUAUUGUAUUCAUUUCAAGAACGAUUAAUGUAAAUACUGAUGAUUUUGCCUUUAGAUGGAAUUAAAUCUGCAACUGAUACUUACUUUAUGGCAAAUUGCUUUAC